CCUUUGGUCUGUGGCAAGACUAUAAACUGAAGUCAAAUCUUUGAGUUUUGCAGAGCUGUUGUUGUUGUUUCACUCAAACCAUGGCCACUUCACAAACCCUUCUGACUACUGGAAUAUUUAUUUCAUUUUUCUUUAAUGGAUGUUGCUCUGUUAUUCCUGUGGAGGAGGAAAAACCAAACUUCUGGAAUGUAAGGGGAAAAUCUGCCAUUCAUGAGGCUCUUUCAAUGAAGCCCAACAUCCGUCGUGCUCAAAAUCUCAUCCUUUUUCUUGGAGAUGGUAUGGGUAUCAGCACUGUGACUGCAGCGAGACAAUUGAAGGGUCAAAUAAAUGGAAAAACAGGAGAGGAGAGCUCUCUGGCCAUGGACACAUUUCCUUACCUCGCUCUGUCAAAGACCUACAACGUUGACCAGCAGAUGCCUGACAGUGCAGCGACAGCCACAGCGUAUCUGUGUGGUGUGAAGGCGAAUUACGGUACUUUGGGCCUCAGUGCGGCCGCACGCCGUAAAGACUGCAGCACCACUCAAGGCAACGAGGUCAAAUCGGUUCUUCAUCGCGCAAGAAAAGCAGGUAAAUCUGUUGGUAUUGUAACCACAACACGUGUCCAGCACGCAUCGCCUGCUGCCUCUUACUCCCACUCUGCUGACAGAGAUUGGUACAGUGAUAAAGAGCUGCCAAAGGAAGCAGUAGCAGGAGGAUGCAGGGACAUCGCAUACCAGCUCAUCACUAAUACUGAUAUACAUGUUAUUUUGGGAGGUGGAAGGCAGUACAUGUUCUCUGAUGAAACUGCUGAUCCUGAAUACCCCUCAGAGAAAGGGAGCCGACUGGACAAAGCAAAUCUUGUUGACGAGUGGCUCAAAAACAGAAAAAAUGCCAAGUAUGUAUGGAACAAGGCAGAUUUUGAUGCUGUCAAUGAGGAGAAAACUGAUUACUUGAUAGGGCUGUUUGAGCCAAAGGACACCAGGUACGAGUUGGACCGCGAUCCCAACAUGGAUCCAUCAUUGACAGAGAUGACGGAAAAAGCCAUUAAGAUUCUUAGCAAAAACCCGAAUGGAUUCUACCUCUUUGUGGAAGGCGGGAGAAUAGAUCAUGGUCAUCAUGCAGGGCAGGCCAAUUAUGCGUUGACCGAGGCUGUGGAAUUUGACAGAGCCAUUGAACGGGCAGCUGAGCUGACCAGUGAACUCGACACAAUGACUGUGGUCACUGCAGAUCAUUCACAUGUCUUCUCAUUUGGUGGCUACUCUUACCGGGGCAAUCCAGUGCUAGGCACGUCCUAUGCUAAAGCUGAGGAUGGUAAACGUUUUACUAAUGCACUUUACGCCAAUGGUCCAGGAUAUCAGAUUGUGAAUGGAAUUCGUCCUGACGUGAAUGAGACAAUCUCAAGCAGUAAAGAAUACCUUCAGCAGGCCGCAGUGCCUCUUGAUUCAGAAACUCAUGGAUCCGAGGAUGUUGCUAUUUUUGCCAAAGGUCCAAUGGCCCACCUCUUUCAUGGUGUACAAGAGCAAAGUUACAUAGCUCAUGCCAUGGCAUACGCAGCCUGUCUUGAGCCUUACACUGACUGCCAGCUAGAUAAUUAUGCAGUUUGUACCCAGGCCAGCCUCUUGAUUCUGGUGUUGGGUGUGCUGUCCUCACUCACAGCUCUGAUAUGAUGUCAAUAAUUAAAGCAUUUAAUAGAGCAUUCUUGCACAACACAUUACUUGCUAUAUACCUUUGGUAAGCAUUUAGGUGUAACAUGUAGAUGUAUGAAACAGGAUGAUGUUUUCUACACUAUGUAUUUUAUGUUGGGCUGAAAUAUCAUAUAAAAUCCUCUGUGAGGACAUUACAAUAAUUUUAGAAGUUUCAACACACAAUUGAUAGAGACUUUUAUGUAAUUAACAUCUAAUAUAUAUUGUUUUCCCUUGUUGGCUAUAGUUAAAGGAGCAUUUCACCUGUAGAAACAUUAAUCUUUAUUGAAAGUGCGUCGUAUUUUUUAGUCGAAAUGUAACAUACAUUUAGAAUUUGGUGCCUAUUACACUCAAAAAAAUGAACUUGGUUGGAGUCAGUUUUACUAAAUAAUUUCUUGUUCACUUUACUUAACAAACACAAGUAACGGCAUAUUAUUAAUUUAACUUAGUAAUUUCAACAAAAGACUGUGUCUUGUCAGCUUUACUUCAAAAUUAUUUGUUCAGCCAAUAUAACAUUGUUGCGUAAAAGUAACAGAUUAAUAAAACCAAUACAGACUUGCAUCUCAUUGGCUGAUGAUGCUGCAGUGUAUUAUGGGUAAAUUGUUGUUCUGGCAGAAUUGUUGUACCCUCUUGCAAAAGUGUAGCACGAUUAGAUAGGUACCUGAGUAAUAAGUGGUCACUGGUCAAGUGUAAGUUAAUUAACUUGUUCUGAUAUAUUUUAGAACAAAACAAACCAACAAACGGUUUGAAAUGUUACAUUGCAUUUCAAAUAUGUUUGUGAUAUGUUUGAUAAUAUGUAAUUAAAUAAAGGUUGUAUUGAGCAGCUGCAUUCUGAUUGAUUGAUUCGUUGUUAUAGAGUUAUUAAAUCAUUAUUUUUAUUUUGUUUUCAUCAAUUAAAUGUUUCAUAAUAGUGACUUUACUAGGAUUUCUUUAGUCCAUGCAACAUUUAAAUUGUCAAUUUUACACAAACUUUUUUAGUAAAUACAACUUACAUUUUAUUUGUUGACAUUACCUAACAAAGCUAUGUGGAACCCACUUGACGAAGUUUUUUUAAGUAAAUCCAACUUUUUAUUUUUUUGAGUGUAGUCUCACCCCCUCAACAAAGAUAUUGGACUUCCUGCUUUCAAUGAUGCAAAAUGAUAGCCGUUUCUCAAUACCAAGUACGCCAAACUCGGACUUGUGUCCUUUGUAGUUCGAACUUGCAAGUUCAGACUUGGAAGAACGAACUCCUGACGCGAAAUGCAUUCUGGGAAACUUCGCUGUCAUAAGUCCAGACAAGUCUCCUCUGAUGCAUCCUCGAUAAAGUGGGCGGACCAAGAACACAUCCGGGGAUUUUAUGUGAACUUGGGCUUGAUGCGAACUUUGAAUUGGAACAGUACUUGGGCCGCGACUGAUGACGUUUCACAAGUCCACAAGAACGCAAGUACAGACAAGAACGCAUAUUGAGAAACGGCUCAAGAUUUUUCAUAUCAUUGAAAGAAGGAAGUGCAACAUUGAAAUCUUUCUCCUGUCUGAGCGGAAACUGGGGAAAUGAUGCACAACCAUUCAAAAAAAUGACUGGGGUUCUAACUAUACAAAGCUUAAUGGAAAUGGGUGAAGUGUCCCUUUAAAUAUGAAUGUACAUGAAUAAUUACUUUGUGAAAUUUGGUUUAUUAAACAAUAUAUACCAUU